AUGGAAAAGAACAUCUGCUAUCGGCAACGAAGGAGAAAAGAAGUCGUCUACGACGAUUGCGUACUCGAGGACUCUUUGUCCCAAGGUGACUGGCACAUCGAGGAGGAGAACCAAAACGUGGACUACGAGAUGCUGCUCAGAGGAUUACGAGCUUGUGCUGGGCGGGCCUCGAAGCCGCGCACGAGAACUUGGAUCGAAUUUCGAGGACCAGCAAGAAAUCGUUGGAAAGAAGAAAGGCUUUGA